GUCGAUAACGGCGUUUGUGAGGUGGAGAUAGAGUGGGGGGAAUUGAGGAGAAUUGUGGAGAUCGGGAAAACUCAACGAAAGAUUCGAAACAAUCGGCCAUCAGAAAUGUCCCACCAGUUCGCUACAAAUGUCGUAUCGUGGACUAGUAACCAUAAAUUUCCAUAAAUUUCAUGAACCUUAAGAACCCAAAAAUUAAUAUUUUUGUAUGCAUCACUGGGUGUUAGCCAUGACAUUUAUAUCCCUAUGUGCAACAGUAUCGAUUGACAAACCCGAAACAACAGCCAGCUCUUCACAAACUGGCCGCCGAGUGGGUCGUCAAGGCCCGAAGAUGUGGGACCAGUGGAGUGAUUGGUCAGGUUGCAGUGUGACCUGUGGUGUAGGAAAACUGUCUCGAUGGCGACAUUGCAUUGCUGGCGGUUGCUCCCAGGGAGAAAAAGAACAGCAGCUCAAAACCUGUACUUUCCCAGCUUGUCUGUAUGAAGAUGGCCAGCCGAAGAUCUGGGAUCAGUGGGGCAAGUGGUCGUGCUGCAGUGCAUCAUGUGGACCUGGAAAGGUGUCACGAUGGCGGCAUUGUGUAGCCGGAGGCUGUGCACCGGGGGAAAAGGAGGCGCAAAUUAAACAAUGCUAUCUCUCAGAGUGUGACUAUCCCCAGUGAAUAUGACGCGCUGUCUAUUGACUCGUGUUGAAUGCGUCCUCGGUCUUGUAGAUGGUGGGAAGAACGAAGGGCUCUUGCCUUGACGGCUCCUGAGUCGUCGACGACGAGGCGGCGGUUGUUUCUUGAUUUUUCGAUUUC